AUGCACAAGACUACCCUCCUUGGACUUUUGGCCUCGAGCCCCGUCUCGGCCCAGCUUCACAGCCUGGCGCAGGCCGCUGGACUCAAGUACUUCGGCUCAGCUGUCGAUAACGGAUAUCUCAGUGAUGCGCCCUACAGCAAGCUGGCUGAUGACGUCGAGGAGUUUGGACAGCUCGUUCCCGAGAACGGACAGAAGUGGGAGACUGUUGAGCCCAAGCAGGGCGAUUUUGUUUAUACGACUGCUGAUGUUGUUCCGGAUCUUGCGAAGAAGAAUGGUCAGAUUUUGAGAUGUCAUGCUUUGACUUGGCACAGCCAGCUUCCUACCUGGGUUUCUUCUGGUGCUUUCUCUGCUGAGGAGCUCACUGAGGUCAUCGAGGCUCACAUCGCCAACGUUGUUGAGCACUACAAGGGUGACUGCUACGCUUGGGAUGUGGUAAACGAGGCCAUCGAUGACAACGCUGAGUGGCGAGACAGUGUCUUCUCCCGCACUCUAGGAACUGACUUCCUUGGCAUCUCCUUCAAGGCUGCCCGCAAGGCCGAUCCCGCUGCUAAGCUGUACUACAACGACUACAACCUUGAGCAGAACGGCGCCAAGACUGACAAGGCCGUCGAGCUUGUCAAGCUUCUCCAGAAGGAGGGCGCUCCUAUCGACGGUGUUGGUUUCCAGGGCCAUCUGAUCGUCGGCGAGACUCCUUCUCGCUCUGAGCUCGCUGCCACUUUCAAGCGCUUCACUGAUCUCAACGUUGAGGUCGCCAUCACCGAGCUCGACAUCCGCCACGAGUCCGUCCCCGCUUCUGCAGCUCAGCUGAAGACCCAGGGUGAUGAGUACGCCGAUGUUGUUGGUGCUUGUCUCGACACCAAGGGCUGUGUCGGUGUUACCGUCUGGGGUAUCACCGACAAGUACAGCUGGAUCCCUGGUGUCUUCGAGGGUAACGGCGAGGCUCUUCUCUACACUGAUGACUACGAGAAGAAGCCCGCCUGGACCAGUGUCUCCAGCCUUCUCGCCGCUGCUGCCACUGGAGCUCCCGCCACUAGCUCUGUAGCCCCCGUUGAGACUACUGCCCCUCCUACCACCCUUGAGACCAAGACCAAGCCCGUCUACACUGUCCCUGGCACCACGAACUACAUGAACACCACCGCUCCUCAGACCGAGCAGACCCGCACUGCUCUUGCUACUGAGACUGAUGAUAAUGAUGAUGACUGUGCCGAAACCGAAGCCCCUUUCCCUACCUAUGCUAUCCCCACCAACGGAACACAGGUCUACCCUACCAAGGCUCCCGUCGACGAUGACUCUGAUGAUGACUGCGCCGAGACCGAGGCUCCCAUCCCUACUCAAGCCCCUGUUCCCUCCGGUGACUGUGAUGAAGAUGAUGGCGAGUUCGAGCCCACCGUCGCUGCCGUCGAGCCCACCACUCGGGUCCCCGUCAUCCGUAGCAGCUCAGCCUAUACCUUUAAGUGGAACACCGAGACAACUGCUCCUCAAGUUCCCGCUCCUACAGGCACUGCCCCCGCCUACCCCGUUGGAACUGGCUCUGGCGGUGUCGUCAAGCACUACUACCAGUGUGGUGGUAAGAACUACAAGGGCCCUACCGAGUGUGAGAAGCCCUUCAAGUGCGUUGAGCACAACGAGUACUACUUCCAGUGCGUCUAA